AUGUUUUCGUCUUGUUCUUCGCUUCUACUGGCAGCAUGCCAGUGGAUGCUCUUUUCUUCAACGAUCAGCGCUGCGCCAAUUCCCUCGCAGGCUUCACACAUCGCAGCCUCGGGCGCGCUCGUGCGCCAAGGCUCUUCCAAACUCAACAUUGAGCUGCUACCGCGGGCGGGAGCAGAGUUUGAGGGUCUCUUGCGAAGUUUGAGCAGGGGCAGCUCAAGCCCAAGCAGGACUAGGUCAGGUCUAGCUCGAGUGGUAGAUCUAAGACUCUCUCCUUCUUACGUCGACCCGACCAAGCCCAAAGGCUGGGAGCGCACACUUUCUGGAAAAGUGAUUGGAGAAAGCAGACUUUCGCCCACGUAUUCCCACUCGGCUCCGCAGAGUCCUACGGAACAGGCAAGAUUGAGACGUUCAGUCUCACACAAGAGGCUGGACCAGAUCAAAGCGAUGCAGAGUCCUGUCGUACCCACCAAGUACCUCCCUGCCUCUAAGCAGAGAGCGUACUAA